GGCGGUUUGCCCUGUAUGAUCGGAUUUAAUAAACAGAGGGGCAAAGAUCGAGAGGAUUUCGAGUCCUUUGCUUUCGGGGGACCACUGAGACGGAGGGAAAAUGGAGAAGAGGCUAUUAGAUGCAGCGAUGGAAGGAGAUAUUGCAUCCCUCUCACAACUUCUCAGGGAAGAACCCCUGCUUCUUCACCGGACGGUCGUCUCUUGUGUCUCCGACACCCCUCUCCACCUUUCCUCCAUGUUAGGCCACCUCGCUUUCGUAAAGGAGCUACUGCGUCUCAAUCCCGAACUGGUCUCCGAGUUUGACUCUCUCAAUUGCUCUGCUCUCCACCUGGCGGCUGCAAAGGGGCACCUGGAGAUUGUCAGAGAGCUGGUAAAGGUGGAUCCAGAGAUGUGCAUGGUAAGGAACCAGGAUGGUAGGACACCGCUUCAUGUGGCAGCCAUCAAGGGGAGGAUGGAGGUGGUGAAUGAGUUGGUCCGAGUUAAGCCGGAGUCUAUCCAGGUCUUGACCGAUCGACAUGAAACGGUGCUGCACUUGUGUGUGAAGCAUAAUAGGUUUCAGGUGCUGAAACUUCUGGUUGAAGAGACUGAUGGAAAUAUUCAAUUGCUGAAUUGGAAAGAUUCUGAAGGUAAUACUGUGUUGCAUGUUGCUGUGUCCAGGAAGCAGAUUGAGAUCAUAAAGGUUUUGGUUGCUAUUACCGGAUUGGAUGUAAAUGCAUUGAAUGUGAAUCACUCCACAGCAUUAGACGUUCUGAUACAGAGUCCGAGGGACUUGAGAGACAUGGAGAUUGAAAGCACUCUUCAAGGAGCCGGAGUUUUAUGUGCAAAGGAUCUACAUAUAAUCACGCGUGAGUGGGUUCCAAGUCUAGCAAAAGUUCCUCAGAUGACAAGGUCUCUGGUCUCCCAUCAAUUCUUGAACGAAAGCAAUUCAAGGAAGCUGGUAACAAAACAAAAGCACACUGAUUGGCUUGACAGGAAGCGAAGUGCAUUGAUGGUGGUAUCGUCAUUGAUUGCAACUGUGGCCUUCCAAGCUGCAAUUACUCCCCCAGGGGGUGUUUGGCAAGAUGACCUUGUUGGAGAUGACCGUGGAAGCCAGGAACCUCACACUGCAGGAACUUCUGUUAUGGCAGAAAAGGAUCCGUUUGGCUACGGUCAGUUCAUGAUUUUCAACACAAUUGCUUUCCUUGCAUCUCUAAGCAUAAUCCUCCUGAUUAUUAGUGGGCUACCAAUUAAGAGAAGGAGAUGGAUGUGGAUACAAAUGGUUAUUAUGUGGGUAGCUAUUACUGCACAGGGAAUGACAUACUUCCUCUCUUUUCGGUACAUAUCACCAGCUAAGUCCCAUAGUAUGCUGCAUGAUGUAACUCAGAUAUCAGUCUUGACAUGGUUGUGCUUGAUGGGAGUUGUUUUCAUUGGAAAUGUUGUUCGCAUGAAUUUAUGGAUUCUUAGAAAGUUUGGACUUAUUAAGGAAAAGGAGCAGAAACCUUCAGAUGCUGCUGACGACGAGCAGGAAGAUAUGUAAGAUGAAGUUUUGUUCAUUCAAUUUCUUGGAGAAGUUGCAUGUCUUUUUGUACACUGGAAUCAGUAUAUAUAAUUUGCAAUACUCAUUUAGAUCCUAGAUACAAGUUGUAAUGCUAUAAUUAUAAUGUCAUAUAGGAUUGUAAACUAACAAUAUUCAUGUUGUGUCCGUAAAUGAAAAGAUAUGUAUGAUAUUAUAGGUGGAUCCCCUAAUAAAAAGAGCCAAUUUUGUAAUGACAUACCAUGUUAUAAGUUUA